AUGAAGUUUAGAGCCGAAAAAACUCCAAAAAAGAAAGAACGUAAGGGGAAGAAAAGUAAGAAGAAGGAGAAGAAGAGAAAGACAAAGAAGGUUCGAAAAGUGGACAAAUUCGAAUCCCAAAACUUCCUCUAUCGUGUUGAAGGAUCUCUGUUCUGUGCCGGAAUCAUCGUCGCCCUUAUGAUGGCCCUUGUGUUUAUCAUAUUGGGAAUUGUUUUCGGAGUAAAAACCAAUGGACAUAUGGUCAGCUACAUGAAUCCAUGGUGGGGAGCUGAUGAUGAGUCGCUAGAUGAUUCUGGUCAAAAAUAG